AUGAAUGGCUUCAAUGAAAAGAGCCUCAACGAGGAUGCCUUUGGGGAGAAGACUACUCUAUCAGGGCUAAAGACCUUCGAUGCCUUCCCCAAAACAAAAACCACCUACACAACCCCGACCCGACGCGGCGGACAAUGGACCGUCCUAAUCCUCGCCGUGUGCACACUAUUCAGCUUCCACGAGCUCCGAACCUGGUGGCGCGGCACCGAAGCCCACCACUUCAGCGUGGAGAAAGGCGUCUCACACGACCUACAGCUAAAUCUCGACAUAGUCGUCAACAUGCCCUGCGACACCCUCCGGCUAAACAUCCAAGACGCCUCCGGUGACCGCAUCCUAGCAGGUGAGCUCCUCACCCGCGAAGAAACAAACUGGGAAUUGUGGAUGAAGAAACGCAACUACGAAUCCCACGGCGAACACGAGUACCAGACACUCAGCCAUGAGGCUGCAGACCGUUUGAGCGCGCAGGAGGAGGACGCGCAUGUUCACCACGUCCUGGGCGAGGUGCGGCGCAAUCCGCGCAAGAAGGGCCCCGCCUGCGCUGGGGGGGAUAAUAAGGAUUCUUGUCGGAUCUAUGGCAGUCUGGAGGGGAAUAAGGUUCAGGGCGAUUUCCAUAUUACCGCGCGUGGACAUGGUUAUAUGGAGAUUGGUGAGCCGCAUUUGGAUCACUCUGUCUUCAACUUCUCACAUAUGAUCACGGAACUUUCCUUCGGCCCACACUACCCAUCUCUCCUAAAUCCUCUCGACAAAACAAUUGCCGAGAGUGACAGCCACUACCACAAAUUCCAAUACUUCCUCUCUGUCGUUCCCACCCUUUACUCCAAAGGUCGCAGUGCCCUGGAUAUAGUCACGACGAACAGGGACAAUACCGCCCGCUACGGGCGCAACACAAUCUUCACAAACCAGUACGCGGCCACGAGCCAGAGCGGAAAGAUCCCCGAAUCGCCUGCCUUGAUCCCUGGUAUCUUCUUCAAGUACAAUAUCGAGCCGAUUAUGUUGCUGGUCAGCGAGGAGCGGACGGGAUUCUUAGCUCUUCUUCUUCGAGUCAUUAAUACCAUUUCCGGUGUCCUGGUUACCGGUGGUUGGCUUUAUCAGAUCUCCGGGUGGGUUGUGGAGAUUGUUGGGAAGAGGAGACGUCAAUCUGAGGGUGUUUUGACUGGGAAGCAUUAUUCGGAUUGA